CAAGAAGAAGAGCUGUGUUGCUUAGCGACAGUCAGCUGAAACAGCUGGCGGGAAAAGCGGCUGGUUGUUUUCAAAGCUUCGUCGUCUGUUAAAUCAGUUUACUUAAAGCUUUACAGCAUGUCAUGUGUAUCAUGACUAUUUGAAGAAAAAAAAAAACAUUUAUCUUUUGGUUGUUAAGUGAACUACUUUCACAAAUGGCACCAGUUGGAAUUAAACACGUCGUCUCCUUCACGUCAGAGGACCCGAAGCACCGUGUGGUGAACCUGUGCUGUGGCGGAGAAGGAAGCAGCCCGUGGCUGUGUAGUGCAGCGGAGCGGAGCGGCCUGCUAAAAGCCGAGCUGCAACUGGACCGGGCUUCGUCCAUCGCCUUUAUUGACGUUGGAAACCAUGGCUCUGCAUUCGUUCAGGUGGAUGUGGGCCGUUCUUCAUGGUCUAUAGAUCAUCCUUAUGUCACACUGCUGCCUACUGCGACCCUGAUGAGCCCAGCUGAUUCACGACAAGGCACAGGAAAGCACAGUGUGCGCAUGUUCAAAAAAGGCUGCUGAAGAGUGCUGGGACCGGCUGAGGAUCACCUGCAGUCAGCCCUUCAACAAACGCAACCAAUUUGGCCUGUCUUUCUUUCGUGUCCGUACUGCUGAUGAACAUGCUGAAGAGCCUUCUGCCAAUCAGGAAAAUCUA